AGUGGAGGAUGGUGGUCAAAGAGUCUAGUUUGUCUCAAUACAAACGUGUUCUGCAUUUUUCAGUUUCACGACUUUGCCUGAAUUUGAGGGGGAUUGUGUGACACACGCUGUGGUUCUUGCCCUGGCUGUGGUAUGUGACUGCCUGUCACGACCUUACAGUGUUUGGUAUUGCCAGAAAUCUGGCUUCAUAGCAGUAUUAGCUCAUGACUUUUCCUGAAGAUACAAAGUUUUUGCUCCAUUUUUUCCAUUUGAAUCCCACGGCUCUCUAAACAAAUGAGUCUCUGAGCUCCCUUUUCAGACAAACCCCUUUUCUCUGCUGUCCAAGUUGUUUCUUUCCACAGCACCGUGGGAAACUUCUUCCAAAUGUCCUUAUCAAGCCCAGUUACGGACGUGACUGUUUUUUCUGGCAUUCAGAAACCAAAUACAGAACACCUUUACAAAGGUGUACAGGGAAGCAGCCUCACCUCAUGCUUUCAAGUUUGUCAAGAGGCCUCUGAUUCACCGCUGGUGUCUGCCAGGAGGAGCAGCUCAGUCCGGCUGGAGUCAGGAAAAAUCCACAGGCUGCAGGUUUCCUGUUAAAGACCCACGUGCAGGUCAGGUCACUGUGUGUUGCUUCUUGCUGAACAUUGAGCUGCUUACGUGAAUGCCAAAGCCUGUGAGCCUGCAGUUGACUUUUGGAAGUCUGACUUUGGUUGAGUCUGAUUUUGGUGUUCUGAUAUGCGCUGGGAAGGUGAAGGUGUGUGUGCCAGUGCUCAGCUGGAAUCUCACUCAGCCCUAUGAGAAAAAGGGAAAGCUAAGGAUGCUGGAGCAGAACAAUGGAUUUCUCUUUCUCUUUCAUGCAAGGGAUCAUGGGAAACACAAUUCAGCAACCACCUCAACUCAUUGACUCGGCCAACAUCCGCCAGGAGGAGGCCUUCGACGGCAGCAGCGAGCUGGGCGAGGAUGGGGCCCGGACGCCAUACGAGGCCGCGCUGCAGCCAGGCUUCCAGUACCCGCCGGCCGAGGAGCUGCCGCCCCUCAGCAACGGCUUCCCGCCGGCCCUGGGCGGCUACGAGCCCCAGGGCAAGCUCCAGUUCCCCCAGUACCCCAACGGCUCGGCCAACGGCUUCGGGGCCAGCAGGACCUUCAGCCCCCCCGAGUAUUACCCCGUGGAGAACUCCAGCGCCAGCGCCAGGCCGCACGAAGCGCUGGGAAAACCUUCCCCUCCCCGGCCGCCGCCUCCUGCACCGCCGCCAGCUCCACAAGUGGGCAUUCCAAAGAAGACUGGCUCACCAGAGAUCAAACUCAAAAUAACCAAAACUAUCCAGAACGGCAGGGAAUUGUUUGAGUCCUCCCUGUGUGGGGACCUGUUGAAUGAAGUCCAAGCGAGGGAGUACGCUAAGGCAAAACACGAAGGGAGGAAAGAGAAAAGGAAAAAAAGUAGCAAGCAUGACUCUUCCCGGUCGGAAGAGCGCAAGUCACACAAAAUUCCAAAAUUAGAACCAGAGGAGCAAAAUAGACCAAACGAGAGGCUUAGCACACUGUCUGAGAGACCAAGAGAAGAGGCAGUGCUGGAGGAAGCCCUGGUGCAGCCGCUCGUGCCGUCCCUUCCAGCGCAGGUCACCCACGACGUCAAGUUCCAGGUUGGGGAUCUGGUUUGGUCCAAGGUGGGGACGUACCCCUGGUGGCCUUGCAUGGUGUCCUGUGAUCCACAGCUUGAUGUGCAUACCAAAAUUAAUACGAGAGGUGCCCGGGAAUACCACGUGCAGUUCUUCAGCAACCAGCCAGAGCGAGCCUGGGUGCACGAGAAGCGCGUCCGGGAGUACCAUGGGCACAAACAGUACGAGCAGUUACUGGCUGAGGCAGCCAAGCAAGCCAGCAACCACUCUGAGAAGCAGAAGAUUCGCAAGCCGCGGCCGCAGAGGGAGCGAGCGCAGUGGGACAUCGGCAUUGCCCACGCCGAGAAGGCGCUGAAGAUGAGCCGGGAGGAGAGGAUAGAGCAGUACACCUUCAUUUACGUGGACCAGGAGCCAGAGGAGGCUUUGGCCAAAGCCAAAAAGACCGCUGCUGCCAAAUCGGAGGCCAAGAAGAACCGGCGGCCGAAGGCGGCGCCGAGCGCGCAGCCGGAGCACGGCAGCGCCAGCGUGGGGACAGGAACGGGGACGGGGACAGGGACAGGGCCAGGCUCGUCCCCCUCCCACGCCGAGGCGCGCAGGCAGCCCCCGCGCAGGCAGCCCAGCGGGGACGAGGAGGAGGCGCCGCCCGUCAAGAUCGCCUGGAAAACUGCUGCAGCCAGGAAAUCCCUACCAGCUUCAAUAACCAUGCACAACCUGGAUCUGCAGAAGUGUAACAUGUCUCCAGUUGUUAAAAUUGAACAGGUUUUUGCCCUUCAGAAUGCUGCCGGGGAUGGAAAACUCAUCGAUCAAUUUGUUUAUUCCACCAAGGGAGUUGGUACCAAAGCAGAAGUAAGUGUCAAAGGACAAGAGAAGCUAAAUUCUUCAUCAGCACAGAGGAGUGAAAAAGCAGUGGUGCAGAACACGUCCUCUCCUGAGACAACUUCUGGGGCAGCAGGUUCUGUAGAAAAGAAGCAACAGAGAAGAUCGAUUCGAACCCGCUCCGAGUCUGAGAAAUCCACUGAAGUUGUGCCAAAGAAGAAGAUCAAAAAGGAGCAGGUCGAAGCUGUCCCCCUGGCAGCAGUGAAGACGGGGCUGCAGAAAGGUGCCAGUGAGAUUUCAGACUCCUGUAAACCCUUGAAGAAGAGAAGUCGUGCCUCCACAGACAUGGAGCUGACCAGCUCAGCCUACAGGGACACGUCUGACUCUGAUUCCAGAGGACUCAAUGAUUUACAGGGCAGUUUUGGGAAGCGCUCAGACAGCCCCUCAGCCGCUGCCGACGCCGAUGCCUCAGACGUGCAGUCGGUGGACUCCAGCUUAUCCAGGAGAGGAACUGGAACAAGCAGAAAGGACACUGUUUGUCAGAUCUGCGAGAGCUCCGGCGAGUCGCUGCUGGCCUGCGAGGGCGAGUGCUGCAGCACGUUCCACCUGGAGUGUCUCGGCCUGAAGGCUGCGCCUGAGGACAAGUUCAUCUGCACCGAGUGCAAGAACGGGGAGCACACGUGCUUUUCCUGCAAGCUCCCUGGCAAGGACGUGAAGCGCUGCUCCGUCAGCACCUGUGGCAAGUUCUACCACGAGGGCUGCGUGCGCAAGUUUGCCACGGCCCUGUUCGAGUCGCGCGGCUUCCGCUGCCCCCAGCACUGCUGCACGGCCUGCUCCAUGGACAAGGACAUGCACAAAGCCAGCAAAGGUCGCAUGGCGAGAUGUCUGCGCUGCCCCGUGGCCUAUCACUCUGGAGACGGCUGCAUCGCUGCAGGAAGCUUGUUUGUGUCAUCCCACAUCCUCAUCUGUAGUAACCAUUCCAAAAGGACUCACUCCUCAUCAGCUGUAAAUGUAGGCUUUUGUUUCGUUUGUGCAAGAGGGCUGGUAGUGCAGGACCAUUCAGACCCCCUGUUCAGUUCCUAUGCCUAUAAGUCCCACUACCUACUGAAUGAGUCAAAUCGUGCUGAGUUGAUGAAAUUACCUAUGAUUCCUCCUCCUUCGUCAGCUUCCAAAAAGAAAUGUGAGAAAGGUGGCAAACUGUUGUGCUGUGAGUCCUGCCCAGCUUCCUUCCACCCCGAGUGUCUCAGCAUAGAAAUGCCUGAGGGCUGCUGGAAUUGCAAUGACUGUAAAGCUGGCAAGAAGCUGCGGUACAAGCAGAUCGUUUGGGUCAAGCUUGGCAAUUACAGGUGGUGGCCAGCAGAGAUCUGCAAUCCCAGGUCUGUGCCUCUCAACAUACAGGGCCUCAAACAUGAUAUCGGGGACUUCCCAGUAUUUUUCUUUGGUUCACAUGACUACUAUUGGGUACACCAGGGCAGAGUUUUCCCUUAUGUUGAAGGAGAUAAAAGCUUUGCUGAGGGGCAAACUAGUAUUAACAAGACCUUCAAGAAAGCACUUGAAGAAGCAGCAAAGCGUUUCCAGGAACUGAAAGCACAAAGAGAAAGCAAAGAGGCAUUGGAAAUUGAAAGGAAUUCAAGGAAACCUCCACCCUAUAAACACAUUAAAUCCAACAAGGUGAUCGGGAAGGUGCAGAUCCAGGUGGCCGACCUGUCGGAGAUCCCGCGCUGUAACUGCAAGCCCUCGGACGAGAACCCGUGCGGGCUGGAGUCCGAGUGCCUCAACAGGAUGCUGCAGUACGAGUGCCACCCGCAGGUGUGCCCGGCGGGGGAGCGCUGCCAGAACCAGUGCUUCACCAAGCGCCUCUACCCCGACGCCGAGAUCAUCAAAACCGAGCGCCGCGGCUGGGGGCUGCGCACCAAGAGGAGCAUUAAAAAGGGCGAGUUUGUGAAUGAGUAUGUUGGGGAGCUGAUUGACGAGGAGGAGUGCCGGCUGCGGAUCAAACGUGCUCAUGAGAACAGUGUCACCAAUUUUUAUAUGCUGACUGUAACCAAGGACCGAAUAAUAGAUGCUGGCCCAAAGGGGAACUACUCUCGUUUUAUGAACCAUAGUUGUAACCCAAACUGUGAAACGCAGAAAUGGACAGUGAAUGGUGACAUUAGAGUUGGACUGUUUGCUCUUUGUGACAUUCCUGCAGGAAUGGAGUUAACAUUCAAUUACAACCUGGACUGCCUGGGCAACGGCAGGACCGAGUGUCACUGCGGAGCAGAGAACUGCAGCGGCUUCCUGGGAGUGCGGCCCAAGACAGCAUUUGCAACAGCAAAUGAAGAGAAGGUGAAAAAUGCAAAAUUAAAGCAGAAGAAACGGAAAAUAAAAACAGAACAGAAGCAGAUGCAUGAAGAUAACUGUUUCCAGUGUGGAGAUGGGGGAGAGCUGGUCAUGUGUGAUAAGAAGGACUGUCCCAAAGCAUACCACCUCCUAUGCCUUAACCUGACUCAACCACCUUUUGGAAAGUGGGAAUGUCCAUGGCAUCAGUGUGACAUCUGUAGCAAUCCUGCCGUGUCCUUCUGUGAGUUCUGCCCCCAUUCCUUCUGCAAGGAUCACGAGAAGGGAGCCCUGGUGCCGUCGGCGCUGGACGGCCGCCCCUGCUGCUCCGCACACGACCCCGAAUCGCCUGUGGCGCCCGACUACUGGAGCAAGAUCAAGUGCAAAUUGGAAGCACAGAACGCUGUGGAAGAGGCAAAGGAGUGAAUUUGGUUCAAAACAAGCAG